GGUGGUUACAUAAACAAAUUUUCCACUUUCGUCAAAUAAGAGCAGUGUCAACUCUUAAAUCUAGCAGUGGUUUCUUGUUCUAUGUAGCAAGUAAAAUUUGUUUAAAUCCUUUUUUUACAUGUUACAUUCUUUCAUUCUUCAUGAUAAUGACUCAGACUGUGUAACGCUUAAUAAGUGUAUCUAGAAUUUAUUUAAUUGUAUUACCUGUUGCUAUAAUUUAAUUUUACUUCACAGAAUUUAUUGUGUGCAAAAUAUCGAUUUAUUUCCUUGAAAUAAACAUUGAUUUCAAAUUAACCAGUGUACCGCAAUCUUAGAUUCACGUAUAAUAUGAUAUUAUUUUGAAAAUAAGUUUUAAAAUAAUAAUUUUAUUUGAUAAUGUGGCAUAAAAUCAUAUACAUUUGCAUUAUUACUUUAGUGACGUACAUUUUGAAGCAACUAUUUUCAGAAACGCCAAAUUUCAUAAAAUUUAAAUCAAAGUUUUUCGUUUUCUACAUUUGGAGUUCAAUAAUUGCUAUUGUUUUGCUUCCAUUCUUCGUGUUUAAUCCAAAAAAUGUCAAGAACUCAUUAUUUGCUUCACAAAUAGUGAAACAUGUAACUAAAAUAUUAGAAGUGAAAUGGCACUUAAGAAAUGGUAAAGUACUUGCUGAGGACCGUGGGGCUGUCGUAGUAUCUAAUCACCAAUCUACUAUAGAUAUUCUAGGAAUGUUUAACAUUUGGCAUGUUGCGGACAAAGUAGCCGCUAUAGCAAGAAAGGAAAUAUUUUAUGUCUGGCCAUUUGGACUAGCAGCAUAUCUGGGAGGAGUUGUCUUCAUAGACAGGAAUAAUUCCAAAGAAGCAUACAAACAACUAAAAGUGACUUCAGAGGUUAUGAUCAAAAAUAAGACAAAAAUCUGGCUUUUUCCUGAGGGAACAAGGAAUAAAGAUUUUACAAAAUUGUUGCCAUUUAAGAAAGGAGCAUUCAACAUUGCUGUAGCAGCACAAGUGCCUAUCAUUCCUGUUGUCUUCUCACCUUAUUAUUUUAUAAACAGAGACAAGAACAUCUUCAAUAAAGGUCAUGUUAUUAUUCAGUGCCUGGAGCCAGUACCGACAGAAGGUUUAACCAUGGAGGACGUGCCGGAUUUAAUAACCCGCGUACGUAACACAAUGGAUGCUGUAUACAAAGAGCUCUCAAAAGAAGUAUUAAGUGCGUUACCACCAAACUACCCACUUGCUACAGUAGACUAGAUCAAUCUACUGACGCGACUAUUUAUACCCUUUCUAUUCUUUUAAGUGCCUAUUUUUUGUAAUACCGAAUUUUUUAUUUCGCUGAUGAGAGGCAAUUUUAAAAUGCGUAAUGACAAUUAUUAUCAUUAUUACCUUAAAUCUAUUAGUUUUUUUAGAAUAGAUCUAAAAAAAUAAAGCUUAAAAGAAUAGAAAAGUUAUAAUUUGCCAAAUCCUAUAGAUUACACUUAUUAAGUAUUAAUAUUAUAGUAUAUGUCAUUGGUGUAUCUUAAAUUGUGGUAUAUGUUAGAGUGUACACCAUGAUUCUAUUAAGACUUAUGUCUGAAUAAUUCAGACAAACAUACAUGCAAAUAUCUGUGAUUGUACCAAAAUUUUAUUACGGAAUAUUCUAUAUUUUAUUAGAAAUAUUCUGAAACAUUUGGGUCAGUGUUUGUGUUUUUUGGGAAUCCUAUUCAAGUUUCCACAUUGCCAUUGAACUAGUAUCUAUAUUAGGUAAGACUAAUUAAUCAAUUGAUAUUAAUAAAUUUAAAUUGACGUCAAGGAGAAAAUCGGCAUUCGUAAGGAAACAAUGUGACUUGUCGAAAAAGAAAUAAACAUCUUCACAGUACUUAGGUAGAUGCGUGUGCGCAACAAUGUAUGGCGUGUAAUAACCAUUACGACACAACUCGUCGUUUCUAGUUUGUAUACAACGGGUGCACUAUUGUUUAUAACUUGAAAUUGCGUUGUGCUUGCUUGGCGUUGGCGCUGAAUAUCAAACACUUGAACGCACUCUGUGUUUAAAUGCAAUCGGCUUUUUACAAUAGCGUGCGUGACAGUAAGCACUAUGAUGGCAUAAUUAAUUAAGGAGUAAGUGUAACAUGUAUACUUAUCAGAUACUUAAAAAUCAGGUCGGCAUAGUAUAUACUUUGUAACAACAUAGAUACUUUGUAUAUUUUUCUUAUUAUUAUUAUUGAUAAACGGCCUUUUUCAAAAACAAAUAACUGCUAUAAAUACCUGUGACACUGCAACCUUUCCAUGAUCUUUUGUGCUCGCCCCUUUUUAAAGUUCUAAUUCCAUAUACAAAGUUUAUAUAUUUUAUUAUUAACUUUGUGACCUAAUUUUGUUUUCUUUUAUUACCUCCUUAGUCAAUCCCAGCAACAAAGCAAAUUAAAUUAACAUAUACGAGUAUGCAUCUCGUAUCCAGUGCUGAAUUGUUAAAGUCAUUUCAUUAUUUGCCAACCAGAAAUUACCAAUUAGUCAGGUUUUUUUUUUACUUGUCGACCUGCAUUCAUCUAAUAAGUCUGAGUAAUGUGCCACUAAAGGUACCACGGCAUUCGUACUUGCUUACUUAUUGUUCUUAUUACAUAACGUACAUUAAAAAAGUAUUUUUUAUGCAACUUAGAAUGGCAAACAAUAAUAAAAAAUAAUGAUAACCGAAUAUACUGAGUCGCUCAUUAUUAUUUUCAAAUAGCAAUUUUUUUAUAAAUUGUCUAAUUUUGCUUUCAUUAUACAUACCUAUUUGCCUAUAUUCAUUGUACUCUUAUAUAGUUCUUUUCAAAAAGUAAGGCCAACGAAUAUACUUUGGAGAUCUUAAGGAAAGAAGUAUAAAACAAUCUUUUUCAUAAUAUUUAAUUUACGUAUGGAUAAUAAGUAAUUUGUUUAACCAACUUUGAUCUCAGAAAUUUAUCUCAAAUGUGCCAACCACAAUGUACUUUAAUCGAUUAUUAUUAUUUUAUUAAGUAUUACAGACAUCAGUAUAAACAUAAGUAUUUUUAUGUUUAAGUUUAAAUAUUUAAAAAAAAAUCCAUUGCAACCAUGUAUCCUAAUAUAUUUUUUUGUUAUAUUCAGUUAUAUGCAUAUAGUAUAUACAUGCAAUGUCUUCAGCUAUGUUCAUAUUCGUAGUAUAUACAUGACUCUAAAUUCUUACAAAAAUGUAAUUAACAUUUCUAAUUAUAACACAAUCCCUAAUGCUUGAACUUGUAAAACUAAUUGGUAAUCCUCAAAAUACUUAUAUUUUACAGUAUCAGUAUUGUUAAUGUAGGAUUUAAAAAAUUGACUGAAUGAAAUAUAAAUAAUUUUGUACCGAAUUUUAUGAUCCUAGUCAUGUAUACCUUAUUAGCUGCCAAUUCUCUCUAACAUUCUGUCUAACAUUUAAAUAUAAAUUUCAACCGGAAAUUAUCUCAUACCAUUUACCUGCAUCUUAUUCAAUAUCGGUAAUUGUAAAAAUAACACUAACAAUACAUUUCGCUUCGCAAAAAGCUGCUUUAAGAGCGUUCAUAAAGAAAUGUGGCAACAUCGCAAUUAUCUGUAUAUAUUAAGAAUUUUCUAUAUUUUUCAUUGAUUAUUUAAAAAGUACUCUACCGAUGAACUAAAACGUUAAUCAUACAAUAAUAUCCUUAUUGAGCUGUUACUAAAAGUUUGGAUUUUGAUGACAAAAAUGUAUUUGAAGAAUUUCGAUGAUUACGUGGUAGUUCACUAACAAAGCGCUUUUUAAAUAAUCAAUAAAAAAACAUUGAAAAAUAUUAAAUCGUUUUUGAAAAGUAACAAAUAAAUGCGACGUUAUCGCACUAAGGUAAACAGGCAAGCACAUACAUGAGUAUAUAAAUUUAUAAGCGAUAAUCUUAUAUAUAAUUUAUUCGUGAACACACUCACAUAUGAGCGACAAGAUGUUUCAUAUACACAUUACAUUGACAAUAUUUAAAUUUAGAACGCAGAAUUCCAUGUCUGCUUUACGACAAAAAUUUUUUACUAUAUUGGGUCUUUUUCUAACUAGAAACAGUAACUGAUUCUAUUAUUACUAAAUGUAUAUAGGACAAACACAGCAGUAAUCCUAAUCGAUUUCAAAACAGAAAAUCGUUUCAGCAUUGACGAAGUAAUCGCGUAACAUAUACAUAACCAUAGAAACGAAAACAGACGAAUGGGUAACCUGCUUCGCUAUUGGAAGCCCUUUAAAAAGAAAUUAAUAUUUUAUUUAAGUAAUUAUUUGUAUGUAUAUAGCAUGACCACACUCGAUACUCACCUCCUCACUAUAACUCAAAAUAUACCGUUCGAAAAAAAAAACUACGCGCUCUAUAUACCUACAGACUUGCUAGUGUAUAGACAUCGUUUUAUAAAAAAAAUGUAUGUAACUACACUAUUCCCUUCAAAUAUUUUGUUAUAAUUCCAUUUUACUGCUUUUAAAAGAUCUUCAUAAGUUAACAUCAUAAAACUGACUUAAAAUAGUAAAUUCUCAAUUAUACUAUUUUUGUAUACCAUUUUCAUGAAUCUUUUUGCAGUCGAUAGUGUUUAGUCCCGCAUACGAUGUUCGUUCACGCUAAUCUCCGAAACCGGGAUACCGAUUUUACUGAAAUUUUGUAAACGUUUAUAGUUUUCUCCAACUUGGAGAUAUCGAGAUAAGAAAAAAUGAUAUCUAAAUAUAAAUAUAUAUAUUAGUGAUAGAGAGUAAAACAACGUUUGCCGGGUGAGCUAGUAAUAACAAAAUUUGACGGAAGAUUGACACCUUUUUUUAAGAAUUCAAAAAAAUAUGUAAAUAUUUAGGACCAAAGAUUUCAUAGCAUCAUCUGACAAUUUUAAAAUAUUUUAUAGAAUUGUACUCGAAUAAAGUGUGUACUUUCAAAUAAAUGUUAGUAUGUGGUCGAACUAAUUAUCUCCUUGAUUCAAUUUUAUGUAUUAUGUUAAGUAUCUAAAGUAUUAAUUUAUCUCUUAAUGGUAACAGAUUAGUUCUAAAGAUAUAAGUAGUGAAUAUCUAUUCUCAUAGUAACAUUGCCCUUUCAUUCAUACUUAAUGGUUUAUGAAAAAUAAUUAGGUUUUACUGACAACUAUUUGUGAUUAUAGAGAAUGUCAAUAAAUAAUAGGAAUGUUAUAGAGAAAAAUACUUUCCUUCAUACUCAGUGAUUUAUGGAUAAUUUAGUUUAAACGGCAACUAAAAGGAGCCAACUGUAAACAUCUGUUUAACAUGAUCUGUAUGAUAUUUUGUCACACAUCAAUAUUUAUAAAUUUCUAUAAUCGUACAGUGCAAUACUCAUGUCGAUUCUAUUUCAGUCACUCGUUUAACUAGUAGCCAUUUUUUAAGUUCAAAUACUAGUCUGAUAAUGUUUGUAUACACAUAAUAGUUAAAUAGCAUAUUAAGUAUUAGUAUUUAUCAACCGACCUUAAAAAAGGAGGAGGUUCUCAAUUCCAUUGUAUUUUUUUUAUAUUUACCUUAUAACUUCACUAUUUUUGAACCGAUUGAUAAAAAUUUUCAAAUAAUCUCUAAUGUAAUUAAUGUCUAUAUUAUUAUAUACUUACUUACAAUUGCAAUUUUUAUAUGUGGUAAUUUUUUAUAUGUAAGACAGGAAUUUUAGCAAUGUCUUCAUGGUCUUUGCGAGCUGCAGCCCGCAGUGUGUGAGGGGAGACGCUGCAACGUAAAACACCGUACUCACUCUGACUAAAACUUUCGGAUAAAAUCGAAACAAUUGUCAGAAAUGACAAACGUAGUAAGUUCAUAAAAUUCCCGUUAUACAUAUUUAUACCUAGACAUAGUUUUAAAAAAUAACAUGUGGUAUCUAUAAGGAUCCUUAUAUUCAAUAUUGGACAUUGAAAUGCUUCAAAAAGAUGUAUUGUAAAUAGAAAGUUCAUUUAUUUUUAAUAUUGUAUACCUACAUUAUGAACUGGGUACAAUUAAAAUUGUUUCUAAAAAACAUUGUUUCACGGCACAGCAGUUAAGGUGGUUGAUCACUAAACAAAAUUACACUCAAAAUACUAAAUGGCGCUAGUAUCGAGACUUAUGGAUUUUGUUGAUUAUGUUGUAGUUAAAGAUAAUUUGAGGCAAAUUUUCUAAAUUAGCGAGUGGUUUUAUUUAUUUUUUACUGAUAUAGUAAAAAAAAAAUUUAUUAUUUAAACAUAAUUUAUAUUUUACAAGUUGUACAGCUUUGUAAAAAAAGACACACUAACAAGAGACAUUGCGAUUGUGUGAGUUAUUAUUAAUUCAGUGAAAUAUUGAGUAUUAUCUGUCACUUUACAUUCAUCCAUAAUAAAAACCACUUGCUAAUUCCAAAGGCAACUGGUAUUUUUGUCUAAUUUUGUUUAGUGACCAACCACCUUAAAAUGAAUACUUACUCGUAUAUAAGAUGAAAUCGAAAUCAUUAUGGUCUUUUAAAGUAGUAUUCUACUAAUAAAACUGAACAUUUUCACCAAGGAACGCUCCAUAACAAUAAAAAAAUCCAACUAUUAAGUUACUAUGAGAAACUCCAUCAUAUUUGUCAUUUUUGAAUUUUGAUUCACGAAAUUUCUAUCCUUAUACCUAUAUUCUAUAUAUUUUUCAUGGAUAGUUUCUUAGUUUUACAUAUGGCUAAUGAUUUUAGCUUCACCUUAUAAAUAUUUUAAAUUAUCCAGCUGUGCUUUAGCUGAAUUUGCUAUAUAAUUAUUUAUAUACAUACACACAAACUCAAAUUUGUUUAUUCAAUGUACAUUGAAUGUGCACUUUGAAAACAACUUUAUUUAAUCUAAUUUUAAUUAUUGUUUGUAAUUGUAUUGUUCGAAUAAUAUACUCAUAUGUAUAAUCUACAAGAAUAAUAUAUAAAAAUAAUAUUCAAAUACAUAUUGUGAUAAACGGUAGAUGUAUCUAAUUGUAUACUGUGUUAUUUUCCAAUACUGUGUUAUUAGAGACAAACAAUGAAAUAUAACGUAUUUUUCGAUAUUUUCGUUAUUUGUAAGCCUUUAAUAAAAAUUCACAGGAUAA